UUAGCAGGCUAAUAAUGGACAGGCGCACAGACCCGACGUCGCCAAACGAAAGAUAUGGACUUUUGGCCAUGGCCUCGGCAGCUUAUUAUUGUGAGGACCGUUAUAGUUUGAGCUGACCGUGUCGAAGCCGCUGAAGGAGUGGCUGUGGUUGUUGUGGCAUUGCAUUGCCUUUGAGAGCAGAGGGUUUGAUUAGCUAUUAGCUACUAGCUAGUAGGUUGUGAGAGAAGCAGCUCUGAGCUGCUACCGAAUGAGCUGUCAUGGAUGGUGCAAAGAGUAAGAAUGGUGGCGACGAAGAUACCCCAAUGAGUAAUGCCAAUACCAGUGGCGGCGCUGAGGACGACAAUGGAUCCACUCGAUCGGGGAGGUCUACUAGAUCCAGCAAGAGGAGCAAGAAGCGACAGAUCGAUCAGGAAGAGAGCAACAACAAUGAAGCAGCAGCAGAUCCAGAUGAUCAAGCUUCGCAACCUCCCAAGAGGAAAAGGACGAGACUGGCUAGUCCAGAACCCAGCAGUAAUUCUAGCGAUGCCAAGGCAGCCAGCAAGAAUGGAGGUGAUCAAGUUAUGGAAGAACAGACUAUUAAUAGCAGCCAAGGAGAAGCUGCAUCUGCCGUGGCCAAAAUGCCAGCUACCGGUAGCACUGAUACCAGCAAUGCUGCCGUCGCUGCCGUUGUUUCCAGCAAAACUGCUCCAACACAGAGUGCCGCUCAAAAGCCACCACCGGGGCCAAAUCUUAGAUUGAAAUCCCAACAGACGCCGGGAAAAUUUGCAAAGACAGAAACUAAUUCUCUUGAUCCAUCCUCCGCCGAAAACAACAAUGAGAUUCGAUUGCCCACCCGAAAACUCGUCUUUAACGAUGCGACUCCGACUGCCACAGCUGCAGCUCAGACACCCACAGGCACCCAUCAAACCUCCUUUGCAUUUCCUACUAGCCAACCACCUCCAAAUAAUCAGGCAACCCUCACGGCAGUUCUUCCCAAUGGGCCCGUUACUGCUCCAGUCGCUCAACCACAGGCACUUCGACCUCCAGUGGCUGCCCAACCUGAAAAACUUCCCGCCAUUCUCUCCUCUUCCUUUGCUUGGUUCCUAGGAUUUCUCUUUCUCCACGUCGUGCUGAGCAAUGUGGCUGGGAGUGCCUUGCCCACUCUACCCAGUAUAUCGGAUCGAGUCCUGCACUUGUACAAAAGCAAUCUCUACAAUCUCAAAGUGCUAGAUCCACCCACUCGAACCGUACCCAACCGAACACGAGUGGCAGAAAUCAAACAAUUAGAACAUAGGCGGCAGCAAAAGAAACAAAAGAUGCUACAAGAUCUACAGGAAGUUCAAAAGGCAAUGGAACGAGAAAUUAAGGGAAUGGAACGAGAUGAAGAAACCACCCGCAAGGACCUAGAUGCCAUCAACGAACAGGUUCAGGAACAUUACGAACCAGUGUCCAAAGUUCAUGACAAGCUCUCUCGUAUUGAGGAGCUCUUGAAAGAUCUAGACAACGACGACGAAACUGAUAAACGGGACGACGCAGUGGCAGAAAUAAUGGAUCUCUUGGGCGAGAACGACAAGAACAAACUCCUGGAUCUAUCGUCUUUGGAUCUUUGGGACAUUGCGGAAAUCCCGGAAGAUUGUGGUGCUGACUUUGAGGAAGAAGAUGAGGAGGAGGACGACGAUGAUGAGAAGGAAGGAGACGAAGAGGAAGAUGAUGACGAAGAGAUUGACGAGGAGGAAGAGGUUCCCGUUGUGGCAGAGGACGAAGAGGAGGCGGCUGUGGUAUUAUCGCUUGUAGACCAAGAACAGUUGGACGCUUGGGAAGAAGACCUGCGCAAGUUGGUGGAGGAGUCAUCGGGCGAUAUCCUGAAGGAUGCAGACAUGGCAGACCAAGUCCGAGAAUGGAUCAGGUCAGAAAUAGAGAAAGAGACGAACUGGGAAGAUGUUUUAUCUGGAUUCAGCACCGAAGAAUUGGGCAAGCUGAUAGAAAAGCAAGAAAGACCGAAGAAGAGCGUGAAAACGCGCAGAAUCAACAGUGGGAAUUCGCUGCCCGAAGAAGCCAUAUUGCAGGUGAUUCAGGAGAAACUGGAAAUGGAUAUAGCCGACCAAACAGGUAUGAUUGACUACGCUGCAAUACACAAUGGCGCUUCCGUGAUUCGAGAAGGGCCGCGGUCCACGUCUCCGUCACUACGGAGAAAUCUUCCUUAUCUCAAUCGUGUCAUGGCGAAGCUUGGUUUACGAUUCUAUGGAUACGAAGCAGAAGCUGCGUUGACACCCACCGUUCCGCAGGACGCCCUCGGUCAGUGCUGGUCAUUUCACAGCGAAGAAGCUACUGCAAAGAAGAGAAGAAAACAGAAAUCAGCCCAAGACUUCUCGCGAGGCACAGUUGCGACUUUGGCUGUCCGCUUUGCAAAGCCAAUUUAUGUCGAUACUAUUUAUAUUGAGCACCCUGCGAAGGAAAUCUCUGAUCGAAUGGACAGUGCAAUUCGCAGUUUCAGGGUAGUAGGAUACGAAGACUCCAUCGGCAAGAGAGGGUCCUACGAACUUGGACGCUUCGAGUACAGAAUCGAUGAAGCUCCACUGGCUGAAUUCGAAGUGCGUAGAAAGCUCACUCGGCAGGAUGUGCCUAAACUGAGGUCUAUUGCUUUAGCAAUUGAUUCAACCUGGGGAGGAGGGAACAGCCAUUAUGGUUGCCUAUAUCGGUUUAGGGUUCACGGAACUGAGUACCGAGACGAUAAUGUUUAGAAUCUGUUCUCUAGAGACUGUCUAUACUCGUCC